UAGUUGUCUACCGAGGAAAAUGCAUAACGGAUUUGAAUAGCAACGCGAUUCACGUCAGAGAAGCACCAAUUACAUUGUAUAGUGAGUCAGCCGACGGCGCAGCCGCGCUACGGACGCCAGCAAUUAGGUUUUUUACGAUACAAAUUUCUAAAUUCAAAAGAAACGCGACUAGAAAACGAAACGAAACGAACUCAAACACAUACUCUUUUCGAAAAUUUAACUUCUCGACGAAUUUUUAAUUGUUUAAAACGAUUUUCUUUUCGAACUAAAUUUUAGUGCGGUCGAUUUUUUGUGAUUUUCUUUUUCUGAAGUGAACUUUUUUGUAGUUUGUACUGUUAUAAAGUGCCAGUGUUUUAGUGAGAUGGUGUCGUGAUCGACAUUUGUUUGUUGCAAUGGAAAGAAGUGUUUUGGCAGAUACGAGACACGUACAUUGGGCUUCGGAACUGCACUCUGAAUACCGCAGCACGUACCGAUGGCACGAGUUCAAGCAGCAGCAGCCGGCGCAGGAUGGCGUGGUGCAGCAACCUGCGCGCACGCCGCCUUCCGCACUGCCGCUACAGCGCGGUCCCAUCGAGCCGGCGAUGCCGCGUCGCAAAAAGUACCCCGGAGUGGCGUACAAGGCCAACGAGUUCUUUGACCCGGCGCCUGCUGACGACAUACGGCCGCAGAACACCGACCGGGCGCGGAGCGCUCAAAGGAAUGACAACGACCGCGCUGGCCGACGCAGCAAGUCCGAGGGUCCUCGACAACCACGAUGGACUGACACCGUUGAGCCCAAGGCGACCACAGCCCUGGGCGAGGUGAUGGCGAAGGAACCGGAGCCAGCCAGCACGGAAUACCGCAACCAGUUCGCUUGGCCCAAGGACACUGACGCCGCUCCUAGGAAGAGCAUCUCCAUGGGAGCAUUGAAGAAAGCCGCUGUUGCUGAAGGGUCUACCGAAGCAGAGCCACUGAUGAACCACGUGGACGGAGACCACAAUGAUAGACACAAACCCUACAUUGAAGACUACCUAUGGAACGGGCAGAAACCAGGAGUGCAGAGAAAAUCGACGUUCCGUAGCGCGCUAUCGGCCCUCAUAUCCAACGGGGAGGAUCGUACCAAAGAUAAUAGGAAACGUUUCAAAAGCGAGUACAAAAAGAAAUUUAGACCGUUCUCUCAGUACGUGUACGAGGCGUCUAAAGGGACAUUUACGAAAUGCAGGGGGAAAGGGAAGUCGAAUGAGGAGGCGAAAGAGGCGAGCGAGAGGAUGCUGGACGGGGCGGGGGCGGCGCGCGGGGGGGAGGGAGGUAGGGACGAGGAAGACAGCGCCAGCACGUUGCGCGCGGCAGGGCUGCAGCCGCUCACACGGCCGCAGGGUGACUCCUGGUACCGCGAGGUGCUGGACCUACGCAAGCGCGCCGGCGAGUACAAGUACCGCGGCUGGGGGACGGAGUUAGCCCCCGAGCACAUCACACAGCUUUACAAUAAGCAAAUCGAACUGUGGUACCAAGUAUCUCGGCGGUCCUCGCUCUCGGCCCUUUCACUCGCUUCCACCAAUCACAAAGCACUGCCUCGGGACGAGAAAGACGGGAAGGAAUCCAAGGGCCACUCCCCGAAGAAGUUCAGGUCGUUCCGCUCGGCGCCGCACCAGUCCAUCCAUGCGAAGCUGCAGGAGACCAAGGCGUUGGAACGCUCCCCGCACAAGACUUCGCCCCAGAAGCAGAGGAAGAAGAUGCAUGGACAUAGCUUCGAUGACGGAGCUGCCCAUGAUGGGGCUAAAACCGAGCCGGCGGCGUUCCGAUCCCCCCGACGGCGGCCCCGCUCAGCCGACCCGGCGCCCGCGCCUGCGCACUCCGUCAAACACGUGCCCAACGGACACGAGCCCCACCCGCGCCCCGCCAAGCCUACUGGUUUGCCGUUGAGUAGAGGAGGUAGUAGUAGAGUUAGGUCGACCACGCGGGGAGGGCGAUCGCCAUCUGCGCCGAGCAAAACUGGGACCAUUGGGGCUUCAGGGCCUGGCGCAUUGGCCAAUGGGGCAACGGGUACACCGGGCCGGGGCCGCCGCAGUCGCAGCGUCUCGAAAGUGGGGAUAAAAUUGGAUGACGAGAUCCCGGCCCACCGUAGCGCUUCGGUUGCUAAAGAUCAUUUCUUCGACGAUUCUCCAGUGGUGAAGUCCCCUCCAGAACCGACUCGGGUGAAGUCCCCCGAACAGAUGAACAUGCGGUCACCCGACCCCGUCAACUGGACUGUCCCGCUAGACACCGGGAAGACUUUCACUGUCACCCAAAAUGUGAAAAGCGAUGAGAGCGUUAAGCGCCCUAGCUCUGAGUUUAAGGGUGGCUCCGUGGCAGACGACGGCGUGACUGCGAAGCUGGCAGAAAUCGCACCGAUUCACCACCAACAAAUGUCUCCGAUUCGCUCACUGAAGAAGAGCGAGUCGCCUACUAGCCUGAGCAAACGCACGGAUAAGACCCCCACCACACCCGUGAGCUUGACACCUAUCGAUGAAACCAGGGCCUUGGACAUGAAACAGGUCAACGGGGUCAACGGAGUCAAUGGAGUCAACGGAAUGAAUAGCAACCAAUUGACCCCCGAAACUCCUACCCAAGAACCCUUGAAGGAAAAGGAAGUAAUAAAAAAAUCAACUGAAGCGACUCAAGUCGCCCCAGGGGUUGUCGAUACUACCGUUGUAAAUGACCCGGCCAGUGGCGGCCUGUCUGCCUCUGAAGUCCUGGACAGGGCUCGUACGAGGUUUGACAAGUUCUGGGGUGGUAAGAAAGAUGAAGACAAUGUGUAGGACUUAACAUGUUACAAAAAUUUCAAACGUGAAUCGUGACAUUUGAACUAGAUACCAAUAUUGUUUCACUGCCUUAAAUUUAUAUCACGAAAUGAUACUAUUUAAUUGCAAUGUCAAUUUUACUAUCUUCUGCACUGUUUUUACCAUUCGUGAUAUAAGGAAUCAAUAUUUAGAGCUUCACAAAAUAAAACUACUUACUACGUUCAAAAUGUCACUAUUCACGAAUGGAAAGUCAAGAAUCAAUGUAGGAAAAAAUAAAUGCAGUGUAAAACUGAUAUAAAAAAGAAAAAAAGCUUCGCUUUAUAACGACGACUGUAAUAUGUAUUUAUUAAUUUAAUAUUUUAUCAUAAUGAUCACUGUCUAUAUAAUAGGAGUGUGGUGGCUUGUGAUAGUAGUAUCGAUCAGUGAUGAAUCGUAGGUUACUAUUAAUAAUAACUAAUUCAAUUUAUUGGUUAAAAGUAUAUUUAUAAAUACGUGGGGAAAAUUUAAAUCUCGAUAUAAAUAGUUCACCUUGUAUAAGUUUUUGAAUAUUCCUUUGUAAGUUUAAAAUCUCGAAGGUUAUUAGCUGACAUUCCUGAAGACUUCAAAAUAGCUGUGACGUAGAUCCAACCGACCGUCUAUUCAUAGUUCUGAAUCAUUUUAUUUUAUUAUACUAAGAAAAAUGAUGGAACGAUUACAAAAGAUAUUACCAGUUCUGUAUUAAAUUAUAUAUUUAUUGUUGUAAUUAUGUCUUAUAAUAUGUUUUACUAUUAUUUACUUGUCGUGUACUUAUGCUUUUUAUGCAAAUCGAAAUUCAAAUAAUUUAAGGAACGUAAGUUACUUACUAUGGCUAUUUUUUUUUAAAGAAUACUGCGACCCAUUCUGAAACUAAAUUAUCACUCUGAAAUUUCAAUAUUUUGUUACAUCUUAUGUAAUGCUAUCAAUCAAAUACGUAUGAAAUUAACAAAAAGCAAUGUAUACACAACAUAAUAUGUGCCGUCCAACGUAGUAUUUUUGGCAAAACUUAUAUUUUUCAAGUAAAUAUUUUAGCUAUAGUUGUAUUAAUUGAUACGCUCUCAAUUUUCGAACGUUCCUAAUUUCAGCCUAUCAAGGAUUCGUUUUUGGCGGGAAUUAUACA